AAAUAGAACUAACAAUAAAUACAAAUAGAAUAAUAUUUUAAAGUCUAUAAUUCGUUACUUUAUAUUAAGGUUCAAAUGACUGUAUUCCUUAGAAGCUAAAUAACAUUCCAUAUAUCCCGAUACAUAACAGGUACUGAAGCGAUCAUACCAAGUUUCAAACCAGUUUCAAAUUGCUUUCAUUAUUGAAAGUUAUGUACUGAAACGAAACUACAUAUACACUGGCAGUUCACCUUCUCUCACUGUGCAUGUUGAAUGCAUAUUAUCAAGUCGAAUUUAAAAUUAGAUUUCUAUUUUCUAAAAUAAAAAGGCCCUAGGCGAUUGGUGAUGAGUAUUUUUUAGCUGUUGAGGUAAAUGGCUCACAUCCAUGUCAAACAUGCGACUAAAAAAAUACUGUCUUUCUUCCUGGUUUAGCCCUAUCCUUCGCACUGCCUUAUUACUACGAAAUAUUUGUUUGAAAAUGUAGGAUUAAAGCCUUUCGUUGAGGACGAUGUAUGAAUGAAUGUUGUUAAUAAUUAGGACAUUUCAGUAGUGAUUUAAAUUUCCUCGAUGUCUGCGAUCUUCCAGCGGAGGCGUAAGGCACAAAAUCUACGUAUCGACCAGUCUAGACCCGCGCGGAGAACCCUGAAUAAGCACACUGAUAAGGUCAUGCGUUCCGCAAGAGAAUGCGUCUUCUACUUCGUCGACGUUUCAACAAGCAUCAAUCACGACUAAAAAAAAACAUAAAGAAAAAAACAAAAAGAAAAAAAAACCUAAUUGAAAAAGUCCACAAGAUGAUAAAUGUAUAACAGAACACUGAUACAUAAAUACAUAUGAACAAGAAACCUGCAAAACAAGUUUUACAAACCGCUUAUCAGUUUUUGGGGAUUACAAUAACAACUUGAUGCAAGGACAAAUUUUGUCCACGGUAAUUUUCUUCUGUGCAAAUGAAUGGCCUCGAAAUAAUAAUUUCGAAAUUGAGAAUUUUUUGGAGACACUAGGUUAGUCCUAAAUUAAAAACUGACGAUUUACUGAAUCCGAAAAGGCGGAAAAGUUUGAAAUAAAAGAAUAUCUGAUUGUUACUUAGCAACAUGAGUUUGUUUUAUUAAAUAUGAUAAGUUCAUUUAAUACCGAGGAUUUAGUUACUUAAUAUGAAAUGUUGUUAUAAAGUCUUUUAACACAAUGUUUCAUUUGUUUUAUCCCAUUUUAAGUAACAUUAUGUAAGCAUUAUAGGUUCAAAAGCAGGAAUGCUGUCAUCUGUAAAUGGAGAAAUGAGGAAAUUAAGAUAAUCACGUUUUUCAUACGGCAUAUUGAGAAAUCAAAAUGAGUUCUAAACAAUCAGACUUCGGCUUGAUAUUUGACCUCGAGAGAGCACAAACGGAAUUAAGUAUGCUAUUGAAAGAAAAUGUCAUCGGGGUCAGAAUGGAGUCGGGAUAUAAUCCAGAGGAGUCAUCCAACAUGGUAUUGUCACUGAUUAUUAUAAGUCAUGUUUCUGGGAGGGUCUUUGUCUUCGACGUCCUCAGGAAUCCAACUAUACUUCAAACUAAGAGCUUCAAGACUCUCCUGGAAAGCGAAAGGCCAAUAAAGGUGAUGUUCCACCCAGAAAAUGAGUGCAAGUUACUUUGGCGUUCCAACAGAAUUCUUCUUCAUGGUGUUUUCGACCCACAGACGUUAUAUAUGGUAAAAGAAGCCAUACAAAAGAAGUUACCGACAAGAAAACUGGGUAACCAAAGGAAGACCCUUACCGAAAUGUGUCACCUCUACCACGUCGAAUGCCGUUAUGACAAAAAGUUGGUGAAGAAAAUGUUCACAGAAAACCCGUCUCUAUUUAUGGAACGAUCAGACAUGGGUGGUUUGAUGGGUAUUCUCGAAGAAUCUGCAAAAUGCCUCAUACCUCUUUACGAAAAAAUGAAAGGAGAAUUAGAUAUAGCAGUUGUCCAAGAGAAAUACUCUCAGAUGUUGGAGGAAUGUCUGUGUGCUGGUCUGCAGGGUCCGGAUAAAAGACAAUUCGAAAGACAAAAAUUAGAACGGAACUAUUUGGAAACGAAACAGUUUCGAAAGGAACACGGAAAUACAGCUCUUUCGAAAGGGGACAAAUACCUUCUGAGACGAAGCCGCCGCCAUUCUUACUGGGAGCUGUAUCACUAACUUUAAUAUACAAUGUACAUACAUGUACACGUCUUAACACUGCAUGAUUUUUAAAUCGUAGCCUAAUAUGAACUGUUGAUAGUUAUGCUCGUGUAGAUAGUUGUAUAAAUAUCAUGCACAGGAUAGAACAACAACUAUCACCUCACCGACACCAGAUGAGGUAGUCACCAACUACUACAAGGAUACACCGUCUCAAAAUGACCGUAGCUGUUCACGGGGUGGUAAACCCAGCUUACAAAAACAAACCCACGAACCUAUUUAAUUACUGAGUGACAUCCGGCAGCAUUAUACAUUCUAGACAUAAUUUACUCAAUCCGAUUAUGUAAUCAGAGAGUUCCGAUAAACCUAACGAAGAGACUUACAAACCAACCAACCAACCUAUAGCGAUAGCAUCGAGGGAAUUACUGUAUAGUUGGUAAUUUUCGUGGGAUUUUGUUUUCUGUAAUCGCAGUCAUUAUACUUAGCGCGAAAAUAAAUACUCAGCGAAUAUCUAUAGAUAAAAGCAAAUAUAUAGAGGGAACAAUGAACAAUUUAUGUAGUUUUUUUAUAAUCGAGAAUUGAUAUACAUAUAUGAAUAUAAAUGAAUAUAUUGUUUCGUCAAAUAUCACAUGAUAUUGUAGACUAGAUAUAAUGAUAUGCGUAUAUACAUUUUACUUUAUACAUUAUAUAGGAACAGUGAAGUAGCUUCAACAGCAAGGACAGCGAUUGUUAAGUUUUUUUAGUAUUUGUUGUUUUUAAUUAUUUUUCAGAUAACGGAAUAUUACAGAUAAAUCGAAUUACUGUAACGUGAUUUGGUCUUUAUUUUCUUUUUUUUUUUGUAUUUUUUGCAUGUUUUAUAUAUAUAUAUUUACGUUGAGAGGACUUCUUUUCAAAAAAUCCCUGAUCAUACAAUAUGUUUGAUGAUUUAAUCUAUUGUGUAUAAAAUUGUUUUAAAAAUGA